GUUCUGCAGACACGCGCAAUGAUAGCCGGAAGCACCGAUGAGAGGAAAAUAAAAAUCGAUGAAAUCCACAGUGAUUCGCGAGUGUAAACCUACCACUUAACUGUCCUUUGCGCGACCGCGGGCUCGAAUUGAUCAGACUUUCACACUGCCACUGUGCCGGAGGGGACGGCAGAGAGCAGAGGAGCUGCUCCGUGUCAACCAAGUUGCUCGGUGGGGGUUUAGCUGACGUGUGGAGAAGUUGAGACUGCCAGAGAGCAGAUAAACAAACAUAAACAAGCAGGGAUCAGCUGAGCGCCUGCCCGAACCGAACCAGCAGCACGGAGAGAUGUCACGGGGGACGAGUUUCCUCUUUUGAGCCCAAGAAUGAUCCACAGGAGACCGUGACUUACACUGAUACCAGCUCCAUCUGAUACCAGCUCCAUGUCAACUGUCAACACUGGCACACAAAGAAUUUCAGCACGAGGACCAGCCAUAGGCUCUAUCAGAAAAUCCACUCACUGUCUCUGUGUCAAGACAUAGCCAGCCUAGCAUGGACAACCAAUGAGUUUACCUUCAGGUUUUCAGCUGUAACGAAACGAACACAUAUUACAGUGCCAGGAGACAGAGAGGUGGGAUUAACAUGGCCCAACAGGCAACCCCUAGUUCCCAGAAGGCCCUGAUGAUGGAGCUGAAGUCUCUGCAGGAGCAGCCGGUCGAGGGAUUCCGCAUCACUCUGGUGGAGGAGUCUGACCUCUACAACUGGGAAGUGGCCAUCUUCGGCCCCCCAAACACCCUGUAUGAGGGAGGCUAUUUCAAGGCACACAUCAAGUUCCCAGUUGACUACCCGUACUCCCCACCGACCUUCCGCUUCCUCACUAAGAUGUGGCAUCCCAACAUCUACGAGAACGGAGAUGUGUGCAUCUCCAUCCUGCACCCUCCUGUCGAUGACCCUCAGAGCGGGGAGCUACCCUCUGAAAGGUGGAACCCCACCCAGAACGUCAGGACUAUCCUGCUUAGUGUGAUCUCUCUGCUCAAUGAGCCCAACACCUUCUCCCCGGCCAACGUGGAUGCGUCUGUCAUGUUUCGCAAAUGGAGGGACAGCAAAGGCAAGGACAAGGAGUACGCAGAGAUUAUCAGGAAGCAGGUGAUGUCAACAGCAGCAGACGCCGAGCGCGAUGGCGUCAAGGUGCCAACCACAUUGGCGGAGUACUGCGUCCAGACACGGGUUCCCUCCCAGGACAGCAGUUCAGACCUUCUCUAUGAUGACCUCUAUGACGACGACAUGGAGGAGGAGGACGAGGAGGAAGACGAGAGCGAGAUGGAGUCUGUAGGUGAAGCCGGGGGGAUCAGCGCCGCAGAGGACUGCGGGACGUCCACCAGACGUUACGACAACCAGGACGACUCUGGCAACGAAGACUCGUGAUGAUCUGGAUGAUAACUCCUCCCUGCAAACUCCGCCCACAACCCUCCCUCUUUGAUGUGUUGCGGUUGUGUGUGUGUGUGUGUGUGUGUGUGUGUGUGUGUGUGUGUGUGUGUGCGCGUGUUUGCACAUACAGUGGGGUCGAAGGUCUACUGCCAAAAACUUUUCAUCAUUUAUUAAACUAAUACACAUGACUAGUCAAAUAAUAGUUCUCAAAUGCUAUUACAAACAUUUUCAGGAAAUGUUUGCUGGUUCUGUUUUCACUUAAAGUCAGAGCUCUGCUCUUAAAGCCGUUUGCCUUAAUCACAGCCUGCACUCUGUCCGGCAUCAGAUGUUUUGAGAAGUGAAAUAAUUCCAGCACUGUUUGAGUGUUUUUUUGCGUUUUAUUUCACGCUUCUGCAGAAUAGAGUGGUGUUACUCUACGGUCUUUGUGCAAUUAAUUAUGUGCAAGUUACUGACUCCAGACAAGGCCAUACACACAGUACACACAGUAUUUCUGUCACUUUGUUUAACUCUAGUUUAUAGUCGCUCUUUCAUGCAAGUAACUCCUCACAUGCUGCGGUGUAAGUUGUUUGGUUGCAGCUAUGAAGUAGAUUUUUCUUUAGUACAACAACACAAGUUUCUUUAAUUCUUCAACAAUGAAAUUUCUGAAUUGUUUAAUCCAUGCUAAACCAUUUGACCUGUUUUUCCAUUACACAAGUGGUUUGGUAACUGCUACAGUUUCUUUGUCUGUUAACUGUAGUUUUGUUGUUGCAUCUUGGAUGCAGAUGCAGUUCUGUCUCACAAGGAUAUUGGCUUUAUACUGUGGUGCCAUCUGUAGGUCUGGUCCCAGUCCCUUUUUUCAUGUUCAGGCAUUGCCAGUAUUAACAGUAACAGUUACUUGGAACAUAAUAAUUAACAUUGUGUUGGAGCAUACAUGUCCUAAUAUUUCAAUUAUACUGCAUACAUGGUGAAACAAACAUUUUAGACAAUCUCCUAUCUCAUAUACAAGUAUAUCAAUUACUUAAAAGCACUUCCCAAAGAUCCAAAGAUAAAACUCUCACGUAUCAGUUUUAAGUAAUGUGUGUGUUUUUUAUUUGAAAACCUACCCACAAAGUAAACAACUUGUCUUAGUUUUUGAUAAAUGAUGAAAACAAACUGUCCUUGUGGUGGUCACUUGAACCCUGCUGUAGCUGGCCGGCUCUUCGUCUGGCUGUUCCAUGUCCGAUUGUAUGGUUUUGUGUUAUAAGAUUAGCUCUCUCCACUGUGUCUGCACUCAUUGCUGGGUUUUUUCUCCUAUGUACUUCUUUUAUUUAGUUGGUUGAUGUUCUGUCCUCCCUGACUUGUCCCUUGCAUUUCCCAGGAUGGCACAGACAGGCUGGCUAAUGGCCACUUGGCUGUUUGGCUCAUUAACCAGUCCAUGAGCUGGCCAGCUUGUCCUGUCACUAUCCAUCAUUGUGUCCCGUGGCAGAAUAUCUUUGUCCCUCUCACGCCCUGUCUGUUCGACUUUGAUGCAGUCAACUUAAACUUGCAGACACAGGCUCUGCCGUGACUCUUCCCCCUCUUGGACCCACCUUCAGUAGUGUCCAUCACAACUGCUCCCUCAUAAUCCCUCAAAGCAACGUCAUUUGGUUUUUGGGGGGGACAAGGUUAAGACCUUUUCUCACGUCGCCUCCUACACCUCUCUCUGCCUCUUAAACCUCAGGGCCUCAAUAGACUUUCACUGAGAGAGAAACAGAAACAGUCAAAGAGAAACUUAACACACAAACUGCUCCUCACCUCCACCUCCUUUUCUUACUUUCUGCAUCACCGGGUGGUUUUUGAGGGCAGAGGGUGAACUGAAAGUGUCCAAUCCCACCGCCAGCGUGGUUACACGUGAUUGAGUGUCGCUGUUGGUCCUGAUCAGGGUCCUGUAAGUUGUUUUCUUCUUGGUAGGCUAGAGUCAAAAAUAAAAUAAAAAAUCUAAACACACCUGUAGGGACUCUCUCCUCGAGACAAUGCUCACAUUAUGUUGCGAUAGAUGUGAAAAUGUUACCUUUUUGCGCCGUGACUCCAACUUCAGCUUAAAUGCAACUUUUUUCAAAUUUGGAUGUCGUUACUGUGCUACGCCAUCAGUCUGUUCAUCGACAGGGACGAAAUCAUCCAGCUUAGAUACACAUUUACAUUUGAAUGAAUAUGACACUGAUUGCCUGUUAUCUGUGUGUGUGUAUUUACAUCUAUUGACUAUAAUGUCAGGGUUUUCUUGUUCCUGUCUGUGCAACAGGUGCAGACUUCUGUCACACGUGUGUGUUUGCCCAGAUGACCGGUUGGACUUCGUCAAGUGGGGAAAACACUGUGUGUUUGCACUGUGUUCUUGUGCUGUUUUGGGAGGCCUGAAUUAGCUGAGGGUUUGACUGAUAAAAAAACAACCCUCUGAGUAUUAACCUUUUGAGCACACUGAAGAGAAUAAUGUGACUAAUAUCACUUGUAAGGCAUCAAGUAAACCACACAUUUUGACCU